CGUCGCACACACGGCUAAACUCGGCUCUGCAGUUACAGUAUCAACGCAAGGCAUAAAAGGCCUCCAACCAUAGCUUCCCGUAAACGCCGCGUUCAGCAGAGUGCCUCAGCGAUACAUCUUCGUCAGCCACCACUCGCAGCACUACCACUCGCUUCUGAGCUAAAACGUGCAAGCCACGUGUACGACUGCGCUCGCUUCAACCCGAAACGUGUUGUUCUCGUGCACCUACGCUCGCUCGAUAUCGCUUGCACCAACCAUUUUCGCGUGGCUUGUUUCGACGCGCGAUGGCUCGCCUCGGACUAUUCUCGGCUCUCGAGAGACCUUUAUUCGUCUUGCUUCUGGUGGUAACAUUCGCCAGCGCUUUCGCCGACGCGUACAACAUGAGCGGGCUUUCGCCCAACCCGAUCAAAUUCAAGCUGCCGUCGGGAAUCACCAAGAUCCGAGAUUUCCUCGACGACGUAUUGGAGAGGGACAGGGACACGUACAAUGGUGACGUGUCGGCCGCGAAUCAAUGGGGACAGGCGAUUGUGUCGGGGUGCUCGACGACGUGCGGUGGGCAGAAGAAGAAGUGGCAGUGCGGCGUGAUGCACGAGCCGAUCAACGUGUAUCUCAUCUGGUUCGGGCGGUUCAAGGAGAGCCAGAAGAACAUCAUUCGCAACUUCGUGCGGUCGCUCAGCGACACCAGUGACCCCGCCAACACGGUUUCCCAAUGGUGGAACAUCAACCGCCUGUACACGGACUGCAAUGGUAACCCUGUUUCCGGGACAGUGCGGCUGGCGGGGGACCGCCACCUGAAACCACGCAUGCGCUUCCUCUUCAGCAACAUGGCCAUCUCCUAUAUUGUCAACCGCGCUAUUAGCGCUAAGGCGUUCCCUGCAGACUCUAACGGAGUGUACUUUGUCAUAACCGAUAAAGGCACGACACAGAAAUCGUUGCUGGGUGGGUUCUGCUCGGCCUACUGCGGCUGGCACUCGUUUGACACCAUCAAGGGAAAGGCGCUCAAGGUCUCUUUCGUGGGGCAUCCAGGAAGGUGCCUGAAGUCGUGUGCGUCGCCCACCAUAUCGCGCAAGGGCGGGGUGAGCCCCAACGGCGACAGGGCCAUGGACGCAAUGGUCUCCAUCCUGGCGCACGAGCUCGCAGAGGCAGCAUCUGACCCGUACCUCGGCACGUGGACAGACGCCAGCGGCAUGGAGAAUGCGGAUAUCUGCGCCUGGAGCUAUGGCUCUGUGGAAACGACGGACAGCGGAGCAGACUAUAAUCUAGUGGGUCGGGAUGGGAUGAAGUUCCUAGUGCAGCAGAACUACCACCCGACGCAACGCACGUGCCUGGCUACCACCACCGUAUAGCGUGGUUUCACUGCAGUGCAACAGCAUUACAAACAUCGGGUGGUUACCAGUAGAGAAUUCUUACACCGGUUCCAAUCGUUGGGAGCUCCUCUCGAGCUGCUGCUUGCGCUCGCCGUCGUCAGUCACUCACACCGAUAGAGAGAUGGAACUUCAUGGGGAGUCAUGCUUUGUGACUCCCUAUGCAGUUCUGAUUUCUUGGGAGCUUCUCUCAUGCUCCUGGGAUAAUAUCCUUGAGGUUGUUCUAUUGGCAUACCAUUUGUUACCAUUCUAAUGCCCAUGUUAUUGCACGUAUACACCCUUCAUUCACC